AUGAUUGACAUUGACAAAGUUAUGAAUAUCAUGUUAUCUGAACCUGAAAAUGAAAUCCCUUACAAUAGUGUGAAAAUUCCAUUAAUAGGACGAAUUCAUUUUGUGAAAGAUCAAGAAGGACAGUAUUAUUCGUUGUUAGUACUUGCUUAUUGGAUCUAUGGCACCUUUUCAGCGUUGUUUAUUAUAAUUAUUCCUGGAGUCGAGGAUGGAAUUAUUUCUACAUGGGUUCUUUAUGGAUAUCUCUUGGUAGCAGCACUGUGUCUUAUGUCUUUCAUCCGUGCAUCGUUGACAAACCCUGGGAAAGUUCCGAGAUAUCUGGGAUCUGACGGAGCCCAAACAAACUGGAACAAGUGUCAAACCUGUGGUCGUAUGCGUCCACCCAGAUCACACCAUUGUCGAAGAUGUGGUCAGUGUGUCACAAAGAUGGAUCACCACUGUCCAUGGAUAAACAACUGUGUCGGUGAGAGCAACCAUUUUGCAUUUAUGCAGUUGUUGCUGUAUGCCUUUCUCUUGGGCUUGUUCUCAUUCAUCCUAGUGAUGUGUCACUUUUGGGUGUUCCCUAAAUGUGUUGCUUGUAACAAGGAUGCGUUUUAUAUCAAGCACAGCAUCUGGUUCAUGUACCUGGAGUUUCUGCUGUCAUUGAACAUGGCCUUGAUGAUGGGCCUGCAGCUGUCACAGCAACACUACAACAUCCUUAUUAAUAAGACAACCCUGGAGAGAAUAGCAUCACCAUUAACUCUUGACAAUGUCCGACUGCGCAAGUGUUACCAUUCCUAUAGAGAGCUGUGUGGGAAAGGGCUGGUCAUAUUUUGGCUGUUUCCGGUGGGAAGGAGAAGACCACUCCUACCCUAUGCUCUUCAGUACCCUGUCUGA